GGGGACGCGGUCACGGUGCUGAUCUUUACGGAAACCCAUGUGUAUGCCAUUGAGCUGGCAUCUGGCAUCUUUCACUGUCUAAUUACUCUGGUGGUCUAAGGCUUUGGUCACUCGCGAUGGCGGCGGAAAACGAGUCGAUCCUGGACAAACUGGACUCCAUGGCGCCGACCCCGCUGAAGACGUUCGAUGCGUUCCCCAAGCUCCCGUCGACGUACAAGGAGCGCACGGAGUCAAGAGGGUUCCUGACGCUCUUUGUGGCGUUGUUGGCGUUUGUGCUCGUGUUGAAUGAUAUUGGGGAGUUUAUAUGGGGUUGGCCGGACUAUGAGUUUAGUGUGGACCAGGACAAGGGCAGUUUCAUGAAUGUGAAUGUGGAUAUGAUCGUCAAUAUGCCCUGUGCAUACCUGAGCGUGGACCUGAGGGACGCGCUGGGCGACCGACUGCAUCUGAGCGAAGGAUUCAAGCGGGACGGCACUCAUUUUGAUAUCGGCCAAGCAACUAUUCUAAGGACGCAGCAGGAGCAGCUUUCUGCGACGCAAGUGGUCGCUCAGUCACGCCGGUCUCGCGGUCUUUUUGCAACCCUGUUCCGCCGGAACAAGUCUGAGUUCCGGCCGACGUACAAUUAUCAGCGUGGCGGGGGUGCUUGCAGGAUCUACGGUUCAAUUCAAGUCAAGAAAGUGACAGCGAACCUCCAUAUUACGACGUUGGGACAUGGGUACGCGAGUGCUCGUCAUGUCGACCACAAAUAUAUGAACCUGUCGCACGUUAUCACCGAGUUCUCCUUCGGCCCUUUUAUUCCAGAUAUUAGCCAGCCCUUGGACUACUCGUUCGAGAUUGCGCAAGAACCUUUCACUGCAUACCAAUACUUCUUACACGUCGUCCCGUCUACCUACGUUGCCCCACGUUCCAAGCCGCUCCGCACCCACCAGUAUAGCGUCACGCACUAUACGCGGGUGAUGGAACCUGACCGGGGCACUCCCGGCAUCUUCUUCAAGUUUGACCUCGACCCGAUGCAAAUCACCAUCUACCAGCGGACAACCUCAUUCUUACAACUCUUGAUCAGAUGUGUGGGUGUCAUCGGAGGCAUCUUUGUCUGCUCAGGGUACGCGAUCCGACUCGGUACUCACGCAGUGGAUGCUGUCACAGGCGCGGACAAGACGCCCGGCAUCGUCGCUGCAGAGGCUACCGGCGCCCAACGCGGGCUGCGCGCCAAAUGGGGCGGAGGAGAGCUGCGCGCACGUAAUACAUCCCUCGGGAAAGUCGUGCGCCAAGGCAACAGCUGGGUCGUGGAAGGCGGAUCACCAUACUCGAGCUACGCCGGCACGCCGAUGUCAGGGGCCUUCGCGACGACGCCUGCCUCGCCCUACCCCGCCUCGCCCUACGCUCCGCCAUCGUCGACUUUGAAUCCGCCGGGGUCGAGCUUUGGCCUUGGGUUCGGCCCGAACAGCGCGUUUGGGCCUGCACCGUCACCUCGGUUGGGAACUCCCGCGACUGGAGCAUCGGGCUUCCCGAGCUCACCUUACCUGCCGCAGUCGCCUGCGCCUGGGAGCGUAGGGUUCGCACAUUUCCCGCCAACGCCUAAUCCCGAGGCGAGUGGGUUCCCGAGGAGUCCCCCGCCGCCCCCUUCUAGGGCCCAUCUUAGUAGCGGGAGUGUUAGUGGGAUUCCAAAGAAGGACGAUUAAACACCGAGUAUAAGAAGUGCAUCUUGCCGCCUAACAUUAGCUGACUAUAUUUAGCUGAGGUAGGGUUUCCGGGCAUUAGACGGGUAUGGGGCCUAGUCUAAGACCAGGACAGGAUCAAUGGCGACGCCUAUGCAAUGUACUGUAUCCCUUGCAGAUGUUACUUAUUCAUUCCCCCAGAUCGACGAUGAGAGACUGUCGGCAAAUAUCUUGAUGUCUAGUUGGGUGC